AGAGCCGCACUGCACGCUGACAAGCCAGGACAGGGCGAGGCGGCGGUCCCGGUGUAUGCCCCCAUCCAUCAUCGCUAUGGGAAUUACCACAGCGUUGUCUGUGAAGCAGACCCUCACCUCGCAUCUAAAACCGGUUCACCUGGAGACACAGACUAUAAAACACUGCAGUGGAGACUGUCGCUGCUCAGAGCCGGGCUCAGCUUCUCUCCUCCGGUAAACUGAGGAGGACGAUGAUGAUGAUGAUGAUGACUAACAUCUAUAGAUGAGAAGUCUUUCUCAGGCCGUCACCUUGGACCUCUGCUCGACCUUCAUCUGUAUACUCUAAAUGAGGACCAUGCCUGCCAUGUGUGUAUCCGCAGUGCUCUUAUGUACAGUUGUGGUUGAUAUCUCAGCUCGGGUUUUGACCACAUCCAGCACAGAUGACCAGCCCAUUUUUUCUCAACGGCACUAUCAGCACACCGACCAAGACACGGGCACCCAGCUGGUCUGUGAUAAGUGCCCGGCUGGCACCUAUGUCUCCAUCCACUGCUCUCCAACUUCUGUGAGGGAAUGCAGCCCCUGUCCCAAAGGCACCUUCACACGGGGAGAGAAUGGAGUUCAGCAAUGCCAUCGCUGCAGGAGUCCUUGCCCAGCUGGCUUUAUUGAGAAAACGCCUUGCACAGCCACCCAGGAUCGAAUCUGCACAUGCCCACCCAAUACAUUCCUGUCAGGGGAUGGUGCUGCUGUGUGUAAGCCCCACUCUUUGUGCCCCCCAGGCAAGAGGGUGAAAAAGCAGGGCAGUGAGAAAAAGGACGUGGUCUGUAAGCAGUGCUCUGAGGGAACUUUUUCAGAUGUGAAAUCAAGUGCAACACAGUGCAGAAAUCACACAGGCUGCCAGGUUCAGGGGCUGGUGCUGCUCUCACCAGGGACUAGAGAGAAAGAUAAUAUCUGUGGACCCCUUUCUACAGCUCCAUCCUCUGCCUCCACCACCGCUUCAGGUGGCUCAGGACUUGUACAGGAACCCAUUAUUUCUUCAAUCUUUCCAGCACCCCUGGCUGGACCUGCACAAAAAGGUACCCACAGCCAGUCAGCAGCCAUUCAGCUGAAGGAACCCCAGGGUGGAAAAAGCCAGCGAGCAGAAGAGCCCCUCCGAAGCCAUCCUGGCACUCUCACCCAACCAAAUUGGACUCCAGUUCUCCCAGCUCAUGAGGAACCAAUGGACCAUGAGUUGCAGAGGGGGCAACUGAAUUCUGAACCAAACCCAGGGCCUAACAAGAGGGCAAUGGAAGAUCUGGGGACUGAAGAAAUAGUCAAGGUUGAAACAAGCAUAAGAAAGAUUAAUGGACAAGAUAGCGCAGGUGGGGCCUCCAGCUCCUACAGGCCAACUCGCAGGGGAUUCCCAAGACCAAGCGCCCAUAAUCACUUUGACAUAAACGAGCACCUGCCCUGGAUGAUUGUACUGCUGCUGCUGCUGGUGCUGGUGGUGAUCGUAGUGUGUAGUGUGAAGCAGAGCUCUCAGGUGUUGAAGAAGGGCCCAAUGCAGGACCCGAGCAGCAUCAUGGAGAAGGCAAUUCAAAAGAAACCCCCUGCACCACUAACUCAAGUCCGAGAGAAGUGGAUCUACUAUGCCAACGGACAAGGAGUGGAUAUCCUGAAGCUCGUGGCAGCCCAGGUGGGCACGCAGUGGAUCGACAUCUAUCAGUCGCUGGCUAAUGUCACAGAGCGUGAGGUGGCUGCCUUCUCCAACGGCUACUCUUCUGAUCAUGAGAGGGCGUAUGCUGCGCUGCAGCACUGGACGAUCCGGGACAGCGAUGCCAACCUGGCCAAGCUGAUCAACGCCCUGCACCGGCAGCGCCGCAUCGAUGUGGUGGAAAAGAUCCGCUGUGUAAUGGAGGACAACCCACAGUUUGACAUCAACCAGCUGAUGACCUCAGGGAAUGUAAGCAAUAGACACAGUCCAAUCCAGAAGCCCACAGAGUCUCCUAUUAGCAUUGCCAGCAACAGUAGCAUGGGCCGGGUCAGUGGCAUGGGUUUGGAGCAGUCACCAGUGGACCGCACCAAAGGCUUCUUCCCUGAUGAAUCGGAGCCCCUGCUUCGCUGCGACUCUACCUCCAGCAAAGACUCCGCCCUGAGUAGGAAUGGCUCCUUUAUUACCAAAGAGAAGAAAGACACAGUGCUCCGACAGGUGCGUCUGGACCCAUGUGACCUGCAGCCCAUCUUUGACGACAUGCUGCACAUCCUCAACCCAGAGGAGUUGCAUAUCAUCGAACAGAUCCCAGCCGCUGAGGACAAACUGGACAGGCUCUUUGAGAUUGCAGGAGUGAAGAGUCAGGAGGCCAGCCAGAAGCUGCUGGACUCUGUGUACAGCCAUCUCCCUGACCUCUUGUAGCAGAGGAAAGAUCAGGAAACAGCACAGACUGGAGUUGGCACAAGAAUAAAAAGAAGUACGAGGGAUGAAUACAAUGUUGUGUUCCAGUUAAGUCUUGGGUGGCAUUUCAUCUAAAAAGCUGUCAUCAUGCCACUUCAUUUGAACAUGGUCUGUGUCUGCUACCUCCAGUGACUCUUUAAAAUCUUUACUUUAUUCCUUUUCUUGUUCUUCUAAUACACACAAGUACAAAAAAUAAUUUCCCCCAGGGAUCAAUAAAGUAUUCUGAUUCUGAUUCCUUUAAAACAACCCAGCCUAUACCACGAUGAACUCAAUCUAACAGAGAGAAUGGCUCAACAGCCUAACAGCCUCCUAAUUUAGAGGAAUACUGGGUUGAAAAGUAGCGUAGACGUAAAUGGACUCCAUAGAAAAUCACACGUAGCACUUUCUUUAUCUGAAAUGGUCUUCAUGCCUUCAUGUCUGGUGGUGGUGGUGGUGGGGGGGGUUGUAGUUUGUCCCUGUUGUUCAGGCUUCUCAUGCCUUUAACAUGGAUCAAGUGUUACACGCUACAUUUAGCAAUGAACAUGGUAAAGGUAAAUAAGCUAUAACUUCAAAUGAUGCUGGUAUUAUUCUUUAAUUUUAGGGUUCUUGUAAAGAAUAUUUUUGCCCAGGUGUAGGUUUAACUGUAAGUCAUGUGCCUGAACUUUCCAAAGCUUUGUUCCUCCCUCCCUCUUACUGUAACCACCAGCAGGGAGCAGCAUUACUUAGAUGGUUGUCCUGCUUUUCUGCAACCAAAACCAUAGCUCAAAAAAUGACCUUCUAAACUUUGUCUAAUGUUCUGAUAUAUGGUUCUGCAAAAACUCUUUUUGAGAAAAAAAAAAAAAGCUGAACUAAACGGGAAGCUUAACUGCGUUGACCGGCCGCAGUCUGCUUCUCUGGAACUGAAACCAUGUCUGCAAAGGUUCAGCCACCUUUGAAUUCAUGGGCAGGAAAAAUACUUGGACUAGUACACUCAUGCAGACCUCAACUAGCUACCCCUAGUUGCCUCAACAAAUGUAGUGUUGAUAAAGUGUUCUUGAUACAUUCUGGAGUUCAUGUCAGUGUGGUUUUCAAUCAGACAGAGUUGCCUGAGUGUUUCACUGCUAGAGUAAAAAUGAUAAAAUACAACAGAUUUUUUUUUCUUUUUCAUGCGGUAGUAUUUUGCUACCUGUAUCAUUUAGUUGAUGAGAAAAUGUCAUAAUGAUGCACUAAUCCUAUUUUCCAUUAAGAGAGAGAUGUUGUACUUUAUUUGUCUUUAAUGUUUUAUAACUAACAUUUGAUUUUAUUGGUUAUUAUAUUUGUGUCACAAUGUUUCCAUUUUUCUUUCACCAGCAUUCAGACAGAUGUGCUCACCAGGAUGUAGCGUAUACAUACUCCAUAAUCUACUUGAAGUCUGUCUAGUUGGCUCUUUUACAUGAUGUAACAGAAAAAAAAUGCAAUUUCUGUUCCCUCAACGUUCCACUCAACAAAACACAUCAACAUUUGGUGCACGCCUGAUCUCUCACUGGCUGGCAUUACUAGGGCAGAGAUAUGCGAAUCCAGGGUAAAGAUGAAAAAUACUGACUGAAUGAAAAAGACUUAAGGUUGUGUUCUAGGACUCUGUGAGCUUUCUCAACAUCUGAACAUCCACCAUAUCACUGGUGAUGCAAGGCCAUGGCUUGGUUUUAUUUUAUUCACAUGCUAAAUUGACAUAUUUGCAGAAACUACUGGAUUUUAUUUUAGAAAUUAAUUUGAAUACAUUUUUUAAAGCUUUGCCAUACAUGUGCUGCAAGUAGGUACUGUAAAACAUGGUAAGUGGUGCAUGUUAAUCAAACCCAAAUCCUAGACGUGCCCAUUGCCCUUAUCCUAGAUAACUGUACGAUGUGAGCUUUUUAUUUUCUGAUGCACAUGCAGAUUGAGUGGCUGAUCAUCAAAUUUCACACAUGUAACCAGUAAGUUUAUUACUAUGUAACUGCUUAAAAUCCACAA